AUGCCCCGCGCGUUCCUGGUGAAGAAGCCGUGCGUCUCCACGUGCAAGAGGAACUGGAGCGAGCUCCCGGACGAGGAGCGCGGCGAGAUCUACGUGCCAGUCAGCCUGGGCUUCUGCCCACCACCACCCUACCAGGAGCUGGAACCAUCAGUGGCUGAACCCCCUUCCUGCCCCACGGCUCUGGACAUGAGCCUGCGGGACUCUAGCUAUAGUGUGGCCCCUGGGCCCUGUGUGGUGGCCCGGCUGCCCUCUGAAGACAUGGGCCACUUGACAGACUCCCAGAGCAGAGACCAUGGCUUCCUACGCACCAAGAUGAAGGUGACCCUGGGGGACAGUCCCAGUGGAGACCUCUUCACCUGCCACAUCUGCCAGAAGGCCUUCACCUACCAGCGCAUGCUGAAUCGCCACAUGAAGUGUCAUAAUGAUGUCAAAAGGCACCUCUGCACGUACUGUGGGAAGGGCUUCAACGACACCUUUGACCUCAAGAGACACGUCCGAACCCACACUGGUGUGCGGCCCUACAAGUGCAGCCUGUGUGACAAGGCCUUCACCCAGCGCUGCUCCCUGGAGUCUCACCUCAAGAAGAUCCAUGGUGUGCAGCAGAAGUACGCAUACAAAGAGCGGCGGGCCAAACUGUAUGUGUGUGAGGAGUGUGGCUGCACGUCCGAGAGCCAGGAGGGCCACAUCCUGCACCUGAAGGAGCACCACCCUGACAGCCCACUGCUGCGCAAGACCUCCAAGAAGGUGGCCGUGGCCCUGCAGAACACUGUCACGUCCCUCCUGCAGGGUAGCCCCCACCUCUGAGCAGCGCAAGCCCGGGGAUGCUCACCUCCCUGCU